GUUUCUGGCGCCGGUUAUAUUGGCCUUUUUGUUGCUCUUUUUCACUUGUCCAUCUUCGUUUCAUGCUUGAUCACCUAUAAUUCCCAGAUAUAAAAAAGUCGUCACGGAUAUGAUUGUAUCUACAAAUUAAAAAAUAUGUGUUUGUACCUGUUAACUGAUCUAGGAGCAAUACAUAUUCCUUCACGAAGCCCUCGCCGAGGCUUUUGUUCUUGGGAGUAGCUAUAUUGGCGAGGCGGAAUUCCACCGUGUCUUUGCCGAGCUGUGCGCUCCUGACCCAGAGACCGGCAUGACCAAGAUGGCAGAACAGUUCCAGUGUCUACAGCGGCUGACAUCUCCUCUGACUGAAGGCGUGCUUACCACAGCCCGUCAUCCAGACAAUGUCAUCAAAAACAGAUCAAGCCGAAUCUUGGCAGCGGACAUAUGCAGACCGUUCCUGUCCACGCCAGUACCUGAGGGCAACAACUACAUCAAUGCCGUGUUCUUACCAACGUUCAGAUCGAAGAAGGGUUUCAUUGUCACCCAGACUCCUCUACCCAACACAGUCCUGGAUUUCUGGCGCCUGGUGUAUGACCACGGCAUAAGUGUUAUCGUCAUGAUAGACGUUGUCAAGCCAGGUGAUACGGAUGUUGGAGUAUACUGGCCAAAAGAAGAGACUCAGUUCGACCCCUUUGUUGUGAAAAUUCUGGGCAAAGAGGAGCGCGAGGGCUUCUCCGUAUGGACCUACCAUCUGGCUCACAAGGAGACGAAUGCAGCGCAUCAUAUCAAGCAGUUCCGAUGUAAGUUCUGGCCAGGUGUAAAUGUACCAGACCCCUCCUCGAUACCAUCUCUACUGGCCAUCAUAAACGAAGCGACCAAAUGGCAACAGAAAACGGGCAACGAACCUGUUCUGGUGCAUUGUAGAGACGGUGUGACGAAAUGCGGUGUGUUCUGUGUGGCUGCGUCGGUGAUUGAGAGACUGAAGGUGGACCAGCAAGUGAACAUCGUCCACACGGUGAAACAGAUGAGGGCCAACAGACCGGAGGUCAUCACUGACCUGGAGCAGUUCCAUUUCGUACACCAAGUGGCCAAGGUGUAUCUGGAGACAGCGCACACAUAUGAGAACCUGGAGUGAACAUCUUAUCAUCCCCGACCUGCCUGAAAUAUGGACUGUAACUAUUGACUCCGGCUUAAACGGCUCAUUCCUCACUUUUACGAUUUGGUCUUGUGAUAAUCCUCAAGCUAACUUUAUCCCAUGCACUACUUUAAGCUCAAAUGCAGCUGUUAUUUGGGGAAUUAUUCGAUUUAUUGGUAGAGAGCAGUUGUAGCGGUAAUUGCCAUUUAGCUAUCUAGGCAAUAUGCUGACACGAACUUAAUUAGUUAUUAUUAUAAAACGCUGUUGUUUUUUAAGCAUUUUUUACUCUUGGAUUAAAACUGUAUUAAUUUGGCAUCCUUGUCUUGUUAAUUAAAAAUAAAUUAAAAUGGGCCAUCACUGCAAUCUUUAAAUAGAGAAUGUUUUGGGCUACACGUGUAC